GGAAGCCUCAUUCAUAAAGCGGUGCACUGCUCCUGCUUUUGUACCUAGGAAUGUUCCAGUGGUGCACGACAUACCAAAAUACUUUCAUUUUACAACAACAACAAAGACAGACGUUUAAAAAAAGGAAUGCCGGUGCAGAAGAGAGAAACAUUAUUUAUGAUUGAAAAAAGAAACAUUUAAUUUCUUCUGAAGCCUGGGUUUUUUUUUAUUUUUUAAAAAAGGAAGUUUCGCCAGCUUUUGAAAAAAACGACUCGCAAGAUUUUUUUUCUAGUUAUUUGGCUCAGAGUCGUCUUCAGGGCGGGUGUCUCUUGUGUGAAGUUCAUCUUGAACUAAAGUCUCUGUGUGUGUGUGUCUGUGUGUGUGUGUUUGGGCUCUGAAUUUCGGUCAGGAGAUUAUAUAUGUGGUGUUUGUAUGUGUCUCAAACCACAGCAGAGCCGCAAGUCUAACCGAACUGCAAAACCACGCGGCUCCCAAAAUAAAGAUCUCGAAAGCGAAAGCACCGAUAAGCAAACCGUGACUGAAACCCCGCGGAAGAGGAGAACAUUCUGGGGACUUUUAUUUUAUAAAAAAGAAAAACAUUCUAUCUGAACGGACCGAGGCUCCUGGUAUAUUGCUUAUUUUAUUGUCUGAUCGCUGGAUUAAGCUACCGUGACGCUUGGAAAGAAAACGACAGCGGUCUGGGUCGGUCUUCCGCGGGGUUUCAGAUAACAUCUUAAGUGUCCACCAAGGCUGGAGGAUCAUGCAAAGCAGGCGACUGUCAGAAAUGUGCAAUGAGACUGAAAAGUGAAAGGGGAGCCCAGCAACAGAAAGUCGACAGGUGGACAGUUCAUUAUUGGAACCAGGACUGAUCAAAAACCUCCGAGCCCUUGAGUUUAGUUUUCUUGCUGGAGCUCAGAAGUGAUCGACUUUGGGCUGACCCGCAUCGCAGGUGGAUCGAGAAAGGGCAGAAAAAGAUCCCAAGGCUAAAGUUUUGCGUUGCUGCCCGCUGUUUUUUUCUUUAAUUUUCACUUCUCUUACAUUAUUUUCCCUCCCUUCUGAGAUUGUUAAGUUUUGUUGUGAUGCGUAUCCCUGUAGAUACCAACACCAGCCGCCGGUUCACGCCGCCUUCCACCACGCUGAGCACGGGGAAGAUGAGCGACUCUCUCCCGCUGGCCCCGCAGGAGAGCGCCCUGAGUAAACUCCGAGCCACCGAUCGCAGCAUGGUCGACGUUUUAGCCGAUCAUCCCGGGGAGCUGGUCCGGACGGACAGUCCAAAUUUCCUCUGCUCCGUCCUCCCGACUCACUGGAGGUGUAACAAGACCCUACCAAUCGCAUUUAAGGUGGUCGCUCUGGGAGAUGUCCCUGACGGGACCCUGGUCACGGUCCUGGCCGGUAACGAUGAGAACUACUCGGCCGAGCUGCGGAACGCCACGGCGGUCAUGAAGAAUCAAGUGGCCCGCUUCAAUGACCUGCGUUUCGUCGGACGCAGUGGACGAGGGAAGAGUUUCACGUUGACAAUCACGGUGUUCACAAACCCACCUCAAGUCGCUACUUACCACCGAGCCAUCAAGAUCACAGUUGACGGGCCCAGGGAACCCAGGAGUGAGUACUCCAUUUGCCAUUGUUUAUCUUUUAGUCGUGCCGAACGGACGGGCAAGCCGUCACCCUGUCCUCCACCACAUUAGUAACCUCUGCUCCUUUAAAACCACGAUCUGUAAAAGCUCACUGGCUGAACGCCACGCUUCCUACAUUUUCAAAUGUAGCAGCCCCCAGUGUUGCAACAGCACACACUGGGAAGCAACCGCUACUGCGCUGCGGAUCGUCAACUUCAGAAGCAGGAGGAUUUUUUUUAGUGUGUGUGUUCCUUUAUUGUGGACAGGUAAACGGAGUACUUUGAUAAAGAAAAAAUAGCUCCUUAAUAUACACUUGAAGAUUAUCAAUGGACCGCAUAUGAUAGAGGGAGCGUAGAAUCAAAUCCAUACCUUAUUCCAAUAGUGUUCUAGUGAAUUAUUGCAGCAGCCAAUUAAAAAAAAGCAAAUACUUUAGAUCCCUUCGACAUCUCGAAAUUUAAACCCCUUCUGCUGCCCGACCUGCAACAUACUGCCCAUUGACGCGGCUUUUUUUGUGAAUCGCUGGAACUGGUUCUAAGUUCAAUACAUUGAUGGAACAUUGUUACCUGUUAGUUAUUGAAAAGGAAUGGUAUCGCGUGUGAACCGUACAGCGAAAUUAAAACAAAUAAUAUAAAAGCCUAACAAUUUACUAAAUCAACUUUAUAGGCUAUGUCACUUAAAAAAAAGUCUACACACUCACAUCCGUGCCUAAAAAACAAAUAAAAUGGCAAGAAGAUUCUGAAUAUUUAAAUAAUGAAAUAUUAAUCAGAAAUUAUUUGUAGGGAUUUAGUUACUUUAAGCAAGCAUAUCAGCAUCAGACUAACCUCUAAAUGUGUAUUUAAUUAUAAAAGGAUGUUGCAUCAUUUUAUAAAUUAUCCCAUGCAUAAGUUGUUAUUCGACUGUUUUGAGUAUGUUAGAUACAAUUCAAUAAUACAAAGGAACAAAUACCAACAAACAUUCUAAUGUAUAAUUCAGUUUAAACACCUCUCGAGUUAGUUACAGUCAUUUACAAGAUAUACCAUAGGUCAGUCACAAAUAGAUAAUAACGUUGUCUCAAUU